GUCAGCCAACAAGACAAGCCCAUCUCGUCUCACUCGCUUAGCCAGUGCCCAGUACCCAUUUUUCUCCAUCAAACAUCAGUAGAUCUCACGAAGAAAGAUGUCGUCGACGACGGUCACCCGUGCCUACCUCGACCACAAGCUCGCCCUCGCCAAACGCUGCUCCAGGGAAGCAACGCUCGCCGGAGCAAAGGCAGCCGCAGUCGCCACGGUCGCAUCUGCAGUCCCGACGUUAGCGAGCGUGAGGAUGCUGCCCUGGGCAAAGGCGAACCUGAACCCCACCGGGCAGGCCCUCAUCGUCUGCACCGUCGCCGGGAUGGCCUACUUCGUCGCUGCCGACAAGAAGAUCCUGGCUCUGGCGAGGAGGCACUCGUACGAGCAGGCCCCCGACCACCUCAAGGAUACCUCCUUCCCUGCCGCUGCUGCUCGUCGCAGUCCAGCAUUCUUCAGCCCAUGAGCUAGUGUUGCGGAUACUGCACGCACCGCCGUCAAUGUCCAAAUAACUUAUGAUGCUGCAUAUUUUCUUUCAAAAUAUGCUGCAUUAGUACAGUCUCAGAGAGGGCGGUGCCUUGUGCCUAAUGCUGUAAUUCAGCAUUCCAUUGUAUAUCUGUAUUGGACUGGUCUAGCGGUCUUCCAGUUAAUAACAAGUACUCACUGGUUAACUA